GUUGCGAAGGCGGGCGAGGAGGCAGAAGCGGCGAUGGAGAGCCAGAGCUGGACCGGCGACGCGCAAUGCCCGUGAUUGACGGGCGGCGGAGAGACGGGACGGCGGAGAAAGGCGGAGGGGUUGCCGCUUGCCCAGUUUAUUGGUGGUUGCAAGGAAGCCGGGGAGCUCGGAUAAUGCGGAAUAUAAUGGACUGAGAAGGAAGGAAGGAAGGCAGGGCGAACGGGAAAAGCUUUUAAGGUGCGCUAAGGGCACUGCGGUGCCGUUGCCCUGGGAUUCCCGCCGGAUUGAUUCCCUCUUCUCGGGGUAAACGGGGUCUCGGAGCCUCGGAAGAACCGGACGAUCCAAGGACGAGCAUCAAAGCGCAGAAAGCACCAGUUUUCCGGCCAAAGAGAGAAAAGUGAUAAGCGGGUUGGGGGGAAAAAAAGAUAAUUAAAAACCUGCCACCCACCCACCCCCCUCCGGACAGCGGUUUGAGAGAAAGGUUGGUGACUUCCAGGAGCGAAUUAACUGGGUCCCAAAAAGAAGCGCAGGUGAUGGGAAAAAAAAUAAAAAUCAACGGGGAAGACUUCUGGGAAGGUUGAGAGUUAAAACUUGUUGAAAGUCCUAUCUUCAAAGAAUAAGUUAUAUUAAUAAAACAAAGGAAAACCGCAGGGGGAAAAAAAACUUGGCUUGGCUUGACUAUUGGUGGAUGAAGGUUUGAGUUUAUUUCUUCGGGAGCAGAGAAAUGUCUCAUCGGACAGCACCGCAGUGCCAAGAAUCUAAGAAAUUUGGGACUGCAAGUGUUUCUUUGCCUUUUUUUCCCAAGAGCAGAAAACAGUCACUGUUCUUUUGAAGCAAAAAAACAAAAAGUAGGAUUCAAACCAAUUUUCUGAGUGCAAGAAAGGUAGAUUCUCCAUGAAGGAUCUGUUAAGGAUCUAGUAUCCCGUGAGACUUUUAUCUGUUACUUGUUGGAUUGUCUGCUCGUCCCCUAGAGGGGUGUGAUAAGGGAAUAGGGCUGUGCCAGGCCAAAUCAGAUAGCAGAACAAAAGAAGAACCCAAUAUAGUCACAAACUGGAAGGGUGAGUUGAUAAGAUGACACAGAUUUAUUUAUUUUUUUAAAUCUCAGGGGAAAAAGAUAGGGCAGUCACCAAAGAUUUAAAAAGAAAAACACCAGGAAGUAGUAAAGAGAAAGAAAAACACCCCGUAAUCAAACUCAGGCUGUUUACCCAGCCUGAAAUAAAUACGAAGUGAAGAUUAUAUAGAAGAUAAAGACUGGGGUGGUUCAGAACCACACCAAAUUGUUGGAACUGAAGAAGCCACCAAAUCAACUCUUAACGUGAAAAAUGGUGGCGUGGUGAAUUUCAAAGCUAGGGUAUAUCCUAAAAUGGGGAGAGAAAUUGGACCCUUAGAAAGUCCCCUCUGCAGCAUUCUAGACUCCCAUUUCUGAGGUCUGAGCUCCUGUUUCUCUCCAACGAAUUUAAUUCCCCCUUGUGCCUGAAUAAUUCACUUUCUGGAUUGCUGUAUCGAGCUGAUUGAUUUCCUUUCUAAAUAAGGAUUUGGUGGGUUCUGCAUGAACCCAUGCAGGCCAAGAAAAAAUACCUGUUCGUGACUCUCUUGGCCACGUGGCUUCUGCUUGUUUUGCUUGGAGGAGACCAAAUAAGACACUUUCCCUUUUUCUCCAGCAAAAAAGCUGAAGUCUUAAAGACCUGGCCUCGUUGGGCCGACGAGUUUCUUCUCAAGAACUUUGCAGAUUCUGAGGAGCUCCAGAGCAAUGAAAGGGGCCACAGUGAUGAAUCUCCCCAAAGCUGGCAGCAGUUGAAGUUGAGUGUUUACAAGAACAGCAGGUGCCGUAUGGAGACUUGCUUUGAUUUUUCUAAAUGUAGGGAACACGGGUUCAAAGUCUUUGUUUACCCCCUGGAAGGAGGGGAUCUUGUAUCCGAAAGUUACCUCAAAAUCAUCAGCUCCAUUGAAGGGUCACGUUAUUACACUUCCAAUCCUGAGGAAGCCUGCCUGUUUGUUCUAAACAUUGACACAUUGGAUAGGGACCAUCUCUCAAUACAAUAUGUCCAUAACAUCAACGAGAAAAUCCAAAGUUUCCGGCUUUGGAAUGACGGACAAAACCAUCUCAUAUUUAACCUGUAUUCUGGCACGUGGCCUAAUUACACCGAAGACUUGGGCUUUGACAUUGGACAGGCUAUCCUGGCCAAAGCCAGUUUUUAUGUCGAGAACUUUCGGCCUGGUUUUGAUAUCUCCAUCCCUUUGUUUUCGAAGGAGCAUCCUCAGAAAGGUGGGGAAAGAGGCUGGUUAUACAAGGCUGCUCUCCCACCCAAGAAAAAGUAUCUCUUGGUUUUUAAAGGGAAGAGAUACCUGACCGGCAUUGGUUCCGACACCAGGAAUGCUCUCCGCCAUAUCCAUAAUGGUAAAGAUAUUAUUUCUCUGACCACAUGUAAACAUGGGAAAGACUGGGAGAAGCACAAGGACAAGCGAUGUGACAAAGAUAAUAUCGAGUAUGAAAAGUUUGAUUAUCAGGAGCUUUUGCACAACUCUACCUUUUGUAUCAUCCCCCGAGGGAGACGUUUGGGAUCCUUCCGGUUCCUAGAAGCUUUGCAGGCUGCGUGCAUCCCGGUCCUGCUCAGCAAUGGGUGGGAACUGCCAUUUUCAGAGGUGAUUGAUUGGAGUAAAUCAUCCAUCGUCGGGGACGAGCGGCUUCUUCUGCAGAUUCCAUCCACGGUCCGAUGUCUGAACAGUGACAAAAUACUUGCCUUCCAACAGCAAACCCAGUUUUUAUGGGAAACGUAUUUUUCUUCUGUAGAGAAGAUUGUGCAAACCACUCUUGAGAUAAUAAAAGAUCGGAUAUUUCAUCAGGAAUCACGCCCAAAGUUCUUCUGGAACACACUUCCUGGAGGGUUGGUGGCCUUACCAGAAUACUCCACUCAUCUCAACGACUUCCCUUUCUAUUAUCUGCAGCAAGGAUCCAGCCCCUCCGAGAAGUUUACGGCAUUAAUCUGGGCCGUCUCACCAAUUGUCUCCCUUUCUCAGCCCAUCCUCAAGCUCAUCCAAGCUGUCUCCAGAUCCCAAUACUGCGCCAAGAUUUUAGUCUUAUGGAGCUGUGAGAAGCCGCCUCCACAGAAGUGGCCGCCGACCACAGUGCCCUUGACUGUCAUUUUAAGCAGCAACAAGGUCAGCGAACGGUUUUUGCCUUAUUCUGCUAUUGGGACGGAUGCCGUGUUGAGCCUUGAUGAAUGUACCAGCCUUUCAACCAGUGAGGUUGACUUUGCCUUUGUUGUAUGGAGAAAGUUCCCUGAACGGAUUGUAGGCUUCCCAAUGCGCAGCCAUUUUUGGGAUACAGGCAAGAACCAGUGGAGCUACACUUCAAAAUGGACCAAUGAGUUCUCUAUGGUUCUCACUGCGGCAGCAUUCUAUCACAGGUACUAUCACAGCCUCUUCAGCAACUAUUUGCCUGCCAAACUAAGGAGCUUUGUUGACCAGAUUGCCAACUGUGAGGACAUAUUGAUGAACUUUCUGGUUUCUGCUAUAACCAAAUUGCCUCCCGUCAAAGUGACCCAGAAGAAACAUCUCAGGGAGAGCCCACCUCAGCAGCUCCUGAAAAGUGCACCCUCAUCCAACAGCAGCCUACAUUUCGCUCAACGCCAGGAGUGCGUCAAUCACUUUGCUGCCUGGUUUGGCUACAUGCCUCUGGUGCAUUCGCAGUUCCGCUUGGACCCAGUGCUUUUCAAGGAUCAGGUAUCUGUGCUACGGAAAAAAUACCGGCAACUGGAGAGGGACUAAUUCUGGGGAGAAAGCCCACUGCUGCUCUCUGGGAAGGCGCUUGGAGAAGAAGCCACCAGCCAUGCUGGACUCACUGCUUGCUCUAGGCCAUUGGCGCUAUUGCCGGAUUUUGGGUUGGGUUCACUGCAUUGAUUCCCUUUGAACUUUGGAUACUAAAAAGAGGAAGUUGUCACUGGUAGCCAGGAUGGUGCCAGAUGAAUGUUCAGUCUUUAUUGGGUUUUACCAGUAUCAAUAAAGUUUUGCAGAAAACAA